AACAUCCAUGAUAAUCAGUGGCAGCGAGUUUGUUAAAGGAAGUUGCCAAAAAAAAAAAAAAAGUUGUGUAUAUGCUGUGAUACUCUCCGAUAGAGGAAAAAGCCAUGAAAGAGAGAUAGGGCGUGUUUUGCUGUGAAAACACAAGCAAUAAGCAUUUGUCGCCGUGAACAACAUCCUAACCCCUUUCUGAUGCUGCUUUGAGAGUCGCGGCUGACGAACCAGCAGUCAUGGAAGAAAAUUUCGACCGAGCUCCAGGUGCAGGGAGGACCCGCAAUCUUCCAGUGGACCCCGGGCUGGUGGGAAACGCCGGGGCUGGUGACACCAAACCUGCGCUUUUCAACCAAAGGGAGCCGCUGAGACAACCACGAACAUUACCGCCUUUUGCCGAGAACAACAUUAGUACGGCCAACGAUAUGGCUGCUGGAGAUUUAAGGAGACCGAGCAAACCGCAACAAAGUGCAAAUGCCAACAGUAUGUCUGCCUCUAGGAGGGGUAAUGAAGUGGACACCAUAGUCAAGUCCUCAAAGCUUUCAGCCAGUGCCCCAGAGUUUAUCCCCUCUGGAAUUAACCAGUACGAGGAAAACACUUUUUAUGAUGAGAGCGAAGGCUAUUACAGUGAACCAACCUUGGCUGAUAUGGUCACAGAGUUCCUUGGCCACCUGAGCUCCUCACCAGGGUCCUUUGAGUCAGAUAUUGAAUACAUAACUGGCAUGUUCAAUUCCUGGGUUAAUUCUGAAGAGUUGUUAAAUGAACUGGUUGAACUGAUCUACACUCAGUCUACAGCCAUUCCAAACUUCGCUUACACAGGUGCCAGGCUCUGUAACUACCUGUCUCAUCACCUCACCAUCAGCCCACAAAGUGGCAACUUUCGUCAGCUGCUCCUGAAGAGAUGUCGAAUCGAGUAUGAACAGAGGGAAGUAGCUGUGCGAGGAGACGCAGAGACUCAGAAGAAACUCCACUCCUAUGUGCUCUUUCUGGGAGAGCUUUAUCUAAACCUGGAGGUAAAGAGCGCAAAAGGACAUCCAAAUCGAGCAGAUAUCCUCCUCCAAGCACUGAAUGAUCUGAUGAACAGUCUGUUCAACAAUCCUGUGGAUGCAAAUCUCAUCUGCGCCGUCAAACUGCUUAAGCUGACCGGUUCUGUCCUUGAUGACGCGUGGAAAGAGAGUGGAAAACCCCACAUGGAAAAACUAAUCCAAAGAAUAGAAACUAUUCUACUGGAUGCCACCUGCAGUAGGGAUGUUAGACAGAUGCUUCUGAAACUAGUGGAGCUGAGAUCUAGUGACUGGGGCAGAGUUCGUGCUGCUGCAGCAGCCAGCAACGCCACACCAGACAACGAUCCCAACUACUUCAUGAAUGAACCAACGUUCUACACAGAAGAUGGCACUCCUUUCACAGCAGCAGACCCAGAAUAUGCUGAGAAAUACCAAGAGAUCCUGGACAGGCAGGACUAUUUCAGUGACGCUGAUGGAGAAAAUGGAAAUGAGUUAUACGACGACUCUGAAGAUGAGAUGGAGCCUGAGAUGGAGGAAGCUUUUGAGCAUUUUUGUCGAGAAUCAGAGAGGAAACGACAACAAUGACGUGAGAGUGAGAACCUUUGAGACUCAACAGGCGCAUACUGUACUAUUCCCUCUCAACUUGCUGGAAUGUUGAAAAGCAAAGGAAACUAGCGUCAAAUAGGUUCAAAAGUUUAUUUUACUGCAAACAAGCAUUUUAACAAAAACAGCUGUUCAUAGUUGCACUUCUGACACUUUUUUCAGUCAGGGUUGAUUUAGAAAACGGGGACAAUCAGCUGGAUAAUUGUUUGAAGUAUUGAGAUGUUUUUGGACAUGGGAGUUCUCUGUUUUCCUGUUUUGAUUUCUUUCAGAAACUUCUCUCCUUAAUGCUUAAACUAAAUGCCAAGAGGGAAAUGGUGUGCUGUGAAUUUUUCUUUAGAGUUCUUUUCUGAAGACGGAUACAAUUCAUCAACUGUGUGCAUAAUUUCUUACACAAUAAUUGAUCCCCCAUGCAUAAACUGCAGGCCAAAAAUCUGAAGUAGGUUAUCAGAGAUGCAUAAUCAUCACGUAAAAUGCACUGAAGAUGGGUGAGGUAGUUGCUUUACUACAUACCUAUAUACAGCCUGUAUCUUCAUUGUUGUGAACUUGUGUCUCUCGUCAGGAUGCCAAUAUUAAACACUAUAUUCCCCCUGCAGUGAAGCUGCAAGUGGUCAGGAAGUCUGAAAAGCUGUGCAGCGGGAAACUGGAAGUGUAGAUAAAUGAAACUUUUUCUUUUUCUUUUUUUUUAACACCUUCUGUGGGUAAAGUCAACAUUUUAAUUUUUAAAUCAAAUGAUUAGAAAUUCUGAGAAUACGGUGAAUCUGAAUAUGUUUUAUUUCCUGAAUGUAGCUUCAAAUAUCAACACAUUUUGCAGCGGUCGGGAUGACAUAACUCAACUGCAGAGAGGAUUCAUCCUUAUCCAAGACUAAAAGACUGUUUAUCGAGAAUUCCUGGAGCCCAGAAAAAGGAAUGUUGUUUUAUAGUUUGUAAAUAUUAUUUAUGGUAUUGUUUGCCUGCAAUAAAUACUUUAUAAUGUGA